CUGUGCCAGGACACCUGUCACAUUUGGAUACACAUUUUUUGUACCUUUGCAUUUUCAAACCCCCGUGAAACGUUUCAGAAUGCACAGGUUUUUCACCGAUUUCGAAGAUGACCCGUUUUUCUCCGAGCCAUUCCGGGCUCACAGGGAAAACAUGCAGCGGUUGGUGCAAGGCUCCUCUGAUCAAAACCCCGACACAGCGGAGCAUCCAUGCACAUCCACUGUCAGCCAUCACCGCAUUCCCGACAUGACGGAGCAUUCUAGCUCUUCCGUGGCGUUAAGAGACGAGCAAGGCAGCUUGUUCUGGAACAAUUUCAGCGUGUUUGACAACUCCAUAAGAAACAGGAUCCAGGAGAUGCACCAAAACUUUGAGAACAUGUCCGCCGAUCCAAACAUCCACUCGUUCAGCUCCUCAUCAGUAAUGACGUAUUCAAAGGUUGGGAAUGAGGCUCCCAAGGUUUUCCAGGCAACGUCGUCCACACAGCGUGCCCCUGGGGGGAUCAAAGAGACCCGGCGAGCGCUUAAAGACUCCGAGAGCGGUCUGGAGAAGAUGGCGGUCGGUCACCACAUCAGGGACAGGGGAUACGUUCUCAAAAAGAAAUACAACAACAACACAAGAGAGGAGGAGCUCAUCCAGGACUUUCAGAACAUUGAUGAAUCGGAAGCACAGUCUUUCGACGAUGAGUGGAACCGGGAGGUGUCCAAGUUCCAAGAUCCAGGUGUCAGGGCUCGCCUGGAGGAAGCACGGCCGCGUGCUGCUCAGCGGUCAGCCCUCACUGCUCGCAAGCAGUCUCACAGAAACCAAUCAAAAAUAAAUACUCGGAGUAAAAGUAACCUGAAAGGCUUGGGCACGAAAAAGCAGUAA